CAUCUUAUGCUACGAAUUUAGGGUUUUACAUUUUUCCAGCCUUCUUUCACCCAUCAGAGGAAGUUUCAAGCCUAUUUGAUAGUAAGCUCUCAUAAGCUAAGAUGUCGUCAUCGCCUUUUCCAGUCUUGGACAACCGACCAAUUGAUAAGUGGAAGGUUACUGAAUUGAAAGAAGAGCUUAAAAGACGGAGACUAACAACAAGAGGCUUGAAGGAGGAAUUGGUUAGGCGUCUUGAUGAAGCCCUUCGUGUUGAGCAAGAAGAGUCUGAAAGAAUCAACAGUGCUGCUGUUGCUGCUGCUGAAAAAGCCAAUCAAGAGCCUCAUAUGUUUCCUGUUACUGGAGGUGACGUUAACGUUACACCAGAUCGUAAUCAAACCACUCCUGUUACUCCAGUUGAAGCGGCAUUUAGCACUGAGACAACUCCUGUUGCAGCUGAGAAAACCCCAGAACCAACUCAGGCUAACACAACAACUGAAGCUUCAGCUGGUGUUGAGACAACACCAACCCCAGUAUUUUCAAAACCAGAGGUUAACCCGGUGCCAUUCGCUAGUGAUGAAGUUGAGAAAGUUGAUGAUGUUAGAGACAUAGCUGGUCUUGAUAGUUCAGUGGUUGCACGUGAUGCAGCAGUUGUGGAUGUGGCGUCUAGUGAGCACAAGUCUGAGAAUAAGGAACCAUUUAGUGGGUUAGAUGGUGGGGAUCUUAAGGCUCAACCAUCAGAGGCAGUGCUUGAAAAAUCUGCUAUGUACAACCAGGUAUCUGAGGUCAUCCCCGUUACAGGGUUUGAGGUAAAAUCUGAUUGUAUUUCUACUGAUUCUGUGUCAAAUAAUGAAAAAAUAGAACUAAAGGAUAACAAAAUUGCUGAUAAUGUCAAAUUAGAACAAAAUGUUAAUAAGUUCCAAGGGCCAUCAACAGUCGUUGGCGAAUCGCAUCCAAUGGAUGUCGAGGAGCCACUUGAGCAGAAGAUAUCUGUUGGAGGUGGAGAUGACAGCAAUGCUGCAAACGCAGAUAUGACCAAAGAAAAUAAUAUUAUCGAUGCAGGCGACUCAGAAAAGUUGAAUUUAGAUAGAAGUUCUGGUGAUGAGUCUAUGGAGGAUGAGCCAGAGACAAAGCAAACUGAGUCAAUUACAUCUGAUGAUAAGAGUGAGAAAAUUGAAACCCUUUCUAAGGAGGAAAGCCGUGCUGAUAGGGAUGCUGGGAAAGGGAAAACCCCUGAAAAUAAAAGUCAUCCACUGGUGGCUUCUGACAAAAGAAAGCUUCCUGCUAAUGAUCAAGAAGCUGUUGGAAACAAUGAGCCUACAAAGCGGCAACGCCGAUGGAACUCUGAAAGUAUUAAAGUUCCUGAAGCACAGACCACUAAUAGUGGUGCAGCCACUACAACACCAAGGUCGACUGGUCUGAAGCGCGACUUCUCAAGAUCUGACUCUUCGGUUAGUGAGGAUGGACCCAAGGAACGUGUGGUUCCUCCAUCUCCAAAGGAGCCUACAAAUUCCCUCAGGAUUGAUCGUUUCCUAAGGCCGUUCACACUGAAAGCUGUUCAGGAGCUCCUGGGUAAAACCGGAAACGUCACUAGUUUCUGGAUGGACCACAUUAAGACUCAUUGCUAUGUAUCAUAUCCCUCUGUUGAAGAAGCUGCAGCAACAAGAGAAGCAGUGUAUAACCUCCAAUGGCCACCUAAUGGAGGACGCCAUCUGAUAGCUGAAUUUGUUAGACCAGAAGAAGUAAAAGCAAAACUGGAAGCUCCUCUACCUUCUCCUCAGCCUCAGCAUCAGCCACAAGCUCCUCAGAAUCUUUCGCGGCCACCUCCAACUGCUCUUCCACCACCACCACCUCUGGCCAAAGCACCUCCUGUUGUAGAACGUCUUCCUCUUCCUCCCCCUCCUCCUCUAGUCUCUGAGGAACAAGAACCUCCCAUUGUCACUCUUGAUGAUCUUUUCAAGAAGACAAAAGCAAUCCCCAGGAUAUAUUACUUACCCUUGUCAGAGGAGCAAGUUGCAGCUAAACUUGCAGCUAAUAAUAACAAGUGAUCUUGCUGGUUUGUGGGCAUUUCAGGUCAUUAUUUUCGUAGCAGGCUCUUAGGAAUUUAGCUCAGUGCGGACAAAAGUUGAGGACUUUGUUGAGUUUGGUUUGUUAUUUUUAAUGUAGAACGCAUGAGAAGACCUUAUGUUUAGUAGACUUUGGCUUGAACCUUUGAUGAACUAACAGAGUUGUUUGGCUCUGUGUGUGUUGGACCUUUUCCUCUCCAUUUCUUUUUUCCUUUUCAUGGAGCUAUGAACAGUUGUUGGUUCAAAAAUAAAGUAAUAGCAGUCCA